GCGUCGCCAUCAUGGCCGGCAGGGGUUCCUGCCGCGUCCCGGAGCGGUGGACCCAGUACAGCCCCCUGGGCCGCAGGAUGGCCGGCACGCGCUUCGUGGCCUUCAAGGUGCCCCUGAGGAAGAGCUUCGAGCAGAACCUGCUGCCAGAGCAGAGGUUUUCCCCCCGGGACCUCCUCAGGAAGGUGCAGGAGAGGCAGGAGGAGCUGGGGCUGAUCAUCGACCUCACCUACACCACGCGCUACUACAGCAGGCAGGAUCUGCCCCGCGCCAUGCGCUACUGCAAGAUCCUGACCAGGGGCCACGAGAUCCCCAACAGGAAAAGCUUCCACAGGUUCAGGAACCUGGUGAGGAGGUUCCUGAUGGCCAACAGGGACAACGACAAACUCAUCGGGGUGCACUGCACACACGGCCUGAACAGGACUGGCUACCUGGUCUGCAGGUACCUGAUUGAGGUUGAAGGCAUGGAGCCCAAUGCUGCCAUAGAAUUGUUCAACACGUCCCGAGGGCACCCCAUGGAGAGACCCAACUACAUCCAGGACCUGCAGAGGAGAGCCCCGAGCAGCUGUGAGCUGAGGGAUCUGGGCUCAGGUGUGAGCAAGGAGAGCAGUGCCCCAGCAAAGGCCCAGAAGCACCCCCAGCCCUCCCUGGCAGUGCCCAGGAGCAGCAGCAGUGCCAGGCAGAGGCAGGAGGAGCAGAAAAAUCUGGAGCAGAGGAAGCAGAAAAAGCAGAAUCAUCAGGAGAGAGAACAUCAGGAAGAGAGGAAACAGAAAAAGCAGAAUCAUCUGGAGAUGGAGCAUCAGGAAGAGAGGAAACAGAAAAAGCAGAAUCAUCUGGAGAUGGAGCAUCAGGAAGAGAGGAAACAGAAAAAGCAGAAUCAUCUGGAAAUGGAGCAUCAGGAAGAGAGGAAACAGAAAAAGCUGGAGCAUCUGCAGGCAGAACAAUUGGAGGAAAGGAAGCAGAAUCAUCAGGAGCAGAGGAAGCAGAAAAAGCUGAAACAUCAGGAGGAGAACCACCUGGAGAUGGAGCAUCAGGAGCAGAGGAAGCAGAAAAAGCUGGAGCAGAGGAAGCAGAAAAAAAGGGAGGAUCUGGAGAUGGAACAUGUGGAGGUGGAACAUGUGGAGGAGAGGAAGCAGAAAAAGCUGAAACAUCAGGAGCAGAAUCACCUGGAGCAGAGGAAGCAGAAAAAGCAGAAUCAUCUGGAGCUGGAACAUCUGGAAAUGGAGCAUCAGGAGCAGAAAAAGCAGAAGAAUCUGGAACAGAAUAAUCUGGAAAUGGAGCAUCAGGAGCAGAGGGAGCAGAAUCAUCUGGAACAAAGGAAGCAGAAGAAGCUGAAACACCUGGAGCUGGGACAUCAGAAGCAAAAGAAGCAGAAACAGCAGGAACAGAAUCAUGUGGAGCAGGAACAUCUGGAAAUGGAGCAUCAGGAGCAGAGGGAACAUCAGGAGCAGAAUCAUCUGGAACAGAGGAAGCAGAACAAACUGGAACAUCAGGAGCAGAAUCAUCUGGAGAUGGAGCAUCAGGAGAGAAGGAAGCAGAAAAAGCAGAAGCAUCUGGAACAGAAUCUGGAGCAGGAGCAUCAUGAGCAGAGGAAGCAGAAGAAGCUGAAACAUCUGGAGAUGGAGCAUCAGGAGCAGAGGAAACAGAAGGAGCAGAAUCAGGAGCAGAGGAAGAAAAAAAAGCUGAAACAUCAGGAGCAGAAUCGUCUGGAGAUGGAGCAUCAGGAGCAGAGGAAGCAGAAAAAACUGGAAUGUCAGGAGCAGAAUCAUCUGGAGGUGGAGCAUCUAGAGCUGAAGAAGCAGGAAAAGCUGGAACAUCUGGAGAUGGAACAUCAGGAGCAGAGGAAGCAGAAAAAACUGGAACAUCAGGAGAUGGAGCAUCAGGAGAAAAGGAAGCAGAAGGAGCAGAAUCACCUGGAGCAGAGGAAGCAAAAAAAGCAGAAACAUCAGGAACAGAAUCAUCUGGAGAUGGAGCAUCAGGAGCAGAGGAAGCAGAAAAAUCUGGAGCUCCAGGAGCAGGAGCAUCUCGAGCAGAAGAAGCAGAAGAAGCUGAAACAUCAGGAGCAGAGGAAAGAGAAGAAACAGAAACAUCUGGAGCAGAAUGAUCUGGAGAUGGAGCACCAGGAGCAGAGGAAGCAGAAAAAGCUGGACAAGAGACAGCAGAGGAAACAGAAUCAGCAGGAGCAGAAGAAGCAGAAUUCUCUGGAGCAGAAUUCUCUGGGACAGAAUUCCCUGGGACAGAAUUCUCUGGAGCAGAAUUCUCUGGGACAGAACUUUUUGGACCACAAUAAUCAGGAGCAGGAGGCCCUGGAGCUGCCCUGCCCUGAGCCCCCCAGGAACUGCUGCCUGUCCCCACCCCCCAAGAAGAAAAAGAAGCAGCAGCAGCAGGAGCUGUGUCACCAGCAGGACCUGUCCUGACACAGCCCCACCAGGAGAGCCCUCCGGGGCUGCUUUAAUCUCAUUUUAAUCUCAUUUUAAUCUCGUUUUAAUCUCGUUUUAAUCUCGUUUUUAACCUGGUUUCUCUCACUGCCCACAGCUCUGGUGCUUUUCCACCAGGAGAGCCCUGCAGGAGCAGCAGGAGCUGCCAGGCAGCACUUUUCAAACAAUCAAGGCUGGUUUUUGAUCUGGUUUUUCUCACAGCUCUCCGGUGUUUUUACAGGAAUUUUUCGUCGGUGCUGUGAGUGCUCCAUGAUCAUUCCAUGAUAUUCUGGAAUGAUCCUAAAGGAACUUCCUCAGGUGCCCCUGGGCCUUCAACAAAACGGGAUUUUGUUGGUUUCCUCAGGGCAAGGAACGGGACUGACCAUGAAAACUCUGAUUUUUAUUCUCUUUUUUACCCAGUUUUGCUAUAGUGGGUAAAUCGGCAACAUUUUUUACCAGAGUAUAAGAUUUUUACUUUUGCUAAAGUAAAUUUCCACGCUGUGCAAACUCCA